UUUGUGGUUAUAGAUAGUUUAAGAUUUUCUUAAAAAAUAUAGAACGAAGUUAACUUGUAUUGAAAAUUAUUCAGUUGUAUCACGGAGUAGUUGUAUAUUGUAGUAAGUACUGUGUUUACUCAUGCUAAUGAGACAGUUUUGAAAUCACUACAAUGGAAAGCAUUUACCUCCCGACUAGUUAUCGUUCUUCAAAAAAUUUAGAAACUGCAGGGUAUUUUGAAAAAUACAGUAAAAUGUGCCCUCUCACUUGGGGAGGUUCAUCUAGUGACAACUUCUGCAGGAUUUUGGAAGAAAUGGCUCUGAAUGACUUCAGUGAAGUUGAUUUGUCUGCCUUAGGGGCUUCUUGUAGUAUCAAUAAACUGCAGUUACCCAGCGAACCUGAUAAUUUUCCUAUUGAAGUUCCUGCGAGAUUGUCAACCAAAUCCAAACUUGAUUUCUAUUAUCCUGUUACAACAGAAGCAACUCAAUUGAAUGUAAUAAAAUGUAAGGAAGCUCUGGAAAAAAAGUGGAUCCGUUCUGAGUUCAAAUUUGGAAGUAAGCGCAGUUUGAAAUUGACGAUUACCGACAACAUGUCAAAUCAUUUUAGAAAUGAUAUUCUACCAGGAACCAACUUUAUUUAUUCCAUACUCAUUUAUAGACCAUUUUCAAUGAGUAUGGGACAGAAACAUUCAGGAGAAAAGUUACGCUUUGCAAUGGAAAUUGAGGCUCUUGGAACCAAUUUACUAUCACAAAUUAUUGAUGCAAUCGAAUGUGUUUCUAACUAUGGAGUACUGAAGGAGGUGGAAAAUACCAAAGUGAAUUUGAAGCAGUUUCAAAAUGCAAAGCAAGAAUAUCCUUCACAAACAGUUUUCAUUGAUGGUGUGUUUUACAAUGACACAAGAUCGCCUGAUGCAGAGGACUAUUCUGAACCGGUAAUCAAAUGGGCAAGAGAGAAAAAUAUAGGCAAAUUUACUGUGUCAGCCAUGGAAACGACAUUGCUGAAUACUCUGACACCAAGGAUAGGAUAUCCCUAUGUUUAUAUACACCAAGGAAACUGUGAACACAUCUUGACCUUCUCCGAUGCUAGACUGAUUCAACCAAAUGACUGCCUAGUCUCCGAGAAGUAUCCAAGAAUUGUUUCCGUCUGCAGGUCUACCAAUGUUUUAUGUUUGAUUUGUGGAAUAGCACCUUCUCAAUGGCUGGUCAAGAAAUGUGAUAGAUUUCCACAGGAAAAAGUAUUUUUAUGCACCGACUGUUGUAAUUCAUAUCUAUAUAUAGACGGCAAAAAGGUAGGAGAUUUCGAGUUGUAUCCCUUCUUUGAUGAAAAAGUUACCUAAAGUA